AUGUAAAACCUCCAACAGUGAGUUUGUUUGCACGCCUGCAGGGGGCGGGGCUGUGGAGUUGGGACAUAAACCGUGCGGUUGUUCAUCUUCACUGGUUAUCAGUCUGAUUCAUAGUUCCUCUGUCCUCAGUGUGGCUUUGAUCCGCCGAUGAGAUCUGCGUGUGAAAGCGGUUUAAGAGUGAAACAGUGAAGUCGGAUCUGCAGGAUGACCGAAAUAGAUCCAAGAUGCACACAAGAGCCGCCUCUGGCUCUCCAAGUCAUUUUACAGCUCGACGUUUUCGGGAUCACCCUUUACGCUGCACUCACUUUCAUGGCCACGGCGUCCAUGCUGCUCUACAUCGAGGAAUGUGUUUAUAUCUACAGGAAAGUUUCCUCCAACAAAAAGAGCGCCAUCAUCUGGGUGAACGGAGCCGCCCCGGUAAUCGGUGCCAUGUCCUGUUUGGGAAUGUGGAUCCCGAGAGCCACGAUGUUCACAGACAUGACCUCAGCCACGUAUUUUGCCAUUGUGGUGUUUAAGUUUCUGAUCCUGAUGAUCGAGGAGUGUGGAGGUGACGAGGUUUUUCUGAAAUGUUCAGCUAAUAAAACGUUCCGGAUCAGUACCGGCCCGUGCUGCUGCUGCUGCCCCUGUCUGCCCCCAGUGCCCAUCACACGGCAUUCUCUGUUCAUGCUGAAACUGGGCUCCUUCCAGUUCGCUGUGCUGAAGGUGGUGUUCACCAUCCUGUCCAUCGUCUUGUGGACUAACAAGAACUACGACGUGGCUGAUAUGAAGAUCAGCGGUGCAGCGAUCUGGAUCAACCCUGGCGUCGGCGUCCUCACCAUCAUCGCCCUGUGGCCCGUCUCCAUCAUGUUCAUGCACAUACGCAACACUUUACGCAGCGUGAAGAUCGUCCCCAAAUACGCCAUGUAUCAGCUGGUGCUGGUGCUCAGUCAGCUGCAAUCAGCCAUCAUUAAUAUUCUGGCCAUGAACGGGACGAUCGGCUGCAGUCCGCCGUUUUCCUCUCAGAGCCGCGGUUACUGUGAGUCUCACAACGCUGACAUAAUUAAUGUAGAACUACUGAAAAACCAGAACUCAUGAAUAUGCAAAUUAGAAACGCCAAACUCCUCCUCCGUGUCCUCCUGCAGUGAUGAGUCAGCAGCUCCUGAUCUUGGAGAUGUUCAUCAUCACGCUGGUGACUCGGUUGUUGUACCGGCGUCAGUACGAUCCCGUUCCUUACGGCGACGGCGAUGAGGAGAAGAACGUCGUUCUCGCCGUCGAUUCCAACGAACACUGUGUGAAAAAUAAUCAUUAAAUGUUAGUUUUAUCGGCACGUCACACUCACACCAGGUGGAACAUAGACCUACUGUAUACAUAUGUGUAUAUUUUUGUAUUUAUAAACAUGUGGCUCAUUUUUGACCAAUCAGGUAGAGGAUAUUUUUUAAACCAAAAGCACACAUGAGCUCCAGACUGUCUGUAGGUCUGUCCGACUCUUUACACGAGAACAAGAACAAAGUUUUACAUCUUAUUGUUAUUAUUACUGUUUUUCACUUGUAGCCCUUUUGCACAAGAAAUGCAGAAUAAAUCCAUGUGGAAUUUGA